AUGGAGAGUAAUAACAAUGUGGACUACUUGCAAUUCCAGUCUGAGCCAUCAGGAAGACACAAGGGAAAGAAACAUAUAAUCAUAGUAGGGGCUGGUAUAAUAGGUGUUUGUACAGCGUAUUUUGUUAUCAAGCACCCUCAUUUUGACCCGGAGAAAUACCAUGUUACAUUGAUCGAGAGUAAGAGAGUAGCGGGAGGAGCUAGCGGUAAGGCAGGUGGAUUGCUUGCUUUGUGGGCAUUCCCGGAACAAAUCGUGUCAUUGUCGUUCAACUUGCACCAAAGUUUGGCUAAUGAGUAUAAUGGAGCAGAAGAAUGGGGAUACAGGCGAUUAACCACUGUUUCAUUGGAAGGUGACAUAUCCAACGUGAAGGACUCCGACGAAGAAGAAAAUGACAAUAAUGUGGAAGAUAGAAAUAACUUAUUCAAGGAUAGCUUCAAACAAGUAACAGCACAUGAUAGUGAUUCAUCAUCAUCCACUAACGAGAAGCCGCCCAAAAAGACAGCUAGAAACACGAGGUCGUCCUCGGUUGUACAAUUGGACUUUCCAAAAAACGGUCUUCCGUCAAGUUUGAAUUGGAUCAAAUCUUCACUUAUUGAUAACUGCUCCAAGUUGGGUGGCACUGAUACAACUGCACAAGUUCAUCCAUACAAAUUUACAAACUUUAUCCUCAGAAAGGCAGUAGAGUGUUCCCAGGGUGCGUUGGAGUUGAUUCUCGGAAAAGUCGAAGAGAUUACAUACUCUGAGGAGACAGGAACCGCCACGGGGGUCAUUUAUCAACCAACAUCUGUAAAAGACAGUGAUAAGUACCAGGACAAAUUGAUCGAAUUAGUUGCCGACCAAACUGUUUUAACAGUUGGACCCUGGAUUUCCAAAAUAUUGCCCGAUUGUCCUAUAUCUGGUUUGAGAGCCCAUUCUAUUACCAUAGCACCAUUCAAGGAUCAACCCGUCAGCCCCUAUGCGAUAUUCACCGAACUCAAAGUGGCUCGUAAUUCUUAUAUUUCGCCGGAGAUUUAUGCUAGACAAGAUGAAGUCUACGUGUGUGGGGAAGGUGACAGUACCGUUGACGUGCCUGAAACAACUGACGAUGUUGAAGUAGUUCGAUCCAAAUGUGAUGAGCUUUACAAUCAAGUGAGCAAAAUCUCACCAAACUUGAAGAAAGGACAUAUAUUGAGACGACAAGCUUGCUAUUUACCGGUACUAGAUGUACCUUCGUCCAGCGGACCUUUGAUAGGCGAAACGAAUGUCAGCAACCUAUACCUUGCUUCAGGUCACUCGUGUUGGGGAAUAAAUAAUGCUCCAGGUACGGGUAAGAUAAUGAGUGAGCUAUUGAUGGAUGGAAAAGUCAAAUCUGCCGACAUCUCAAGUUUGGAUCCGUCUUUUUAUUUUGAUGCUAGUGUUAUUCUUGAGGAUUGA